UCCAUACUUACCAUCCAGAACACCAAACACUUGAAAAUAGAAUUGACCUGAAAUCUACCCAAACGAUUCGUGUGUAGCUUUUGACAUUGUCUACUAUAGCGACUUGAAUCUCUAGAAUGGCAGCCACAGCCCCCGCGACCUCGUCUUCGCGUUCAUUAUCCCUCACAAAGUUCAUCUCACGUCUGCGUGGGCAUAAGAGCAAAGAAAGUCUCAGCAACAAGGAACCAGAAACCGGUCCUACAGACACAAGACCGCCACUCAUCAACUCCCCCCUGCCUCUCGUCCUCCCUGAACAUCAACAAGCCCUCUCAAACCUCGGCUGGACGACCGUCACCUUCCCCCAACCAGACCCCUCUGGCUACCCAUCACUCUCCGGUCCGCACCCUCUGCAAACCGCCUACGAAGCCCUCUUCGCGGCCUCGCAAGCCUUCUUCGCGCAGCCCGCCGCAGAGAAAGCGCAAUGGAAGCACAGACUCGGGUCCGAAGAAGGCUGGUCCAGCAUCCCCGGCGAGAAAGAAUUCAUCACCCUGCGCACGCUGGAGUACUGCCCGGAGAUCCUGCGCGAGCCUGCGAAAAGGUACUGGGAUCUCAUGGGCGCGUAUCUCGAGGACUCGCUGGGCCGCAUCGCAGUCUCGCUGGACCUGCCCGAGCCGCAUGAUGCGACGAAAGGGCUGAAGCGGUUUGUUGGCCCGUGUGGGAAGAUGCAGCAGCGAGAAGACCAGAAGACAGCGUCGAUGUUGAGGCUGUUUAGGUAUGAGGGGUGGGAGGCGAAGGAGGUGGCGGAGCCGCAUGCCGAUUUGGGGCUCUUGAGUGCUGUUGUAGGGGAUGUUCCUGGACUUGAAGUAUGGGAUGGAGAGAAGUGGUUUGAGGUUGAGAGAGAGGUGAAGAAGAGCGGGAUGCACGGUGCAAGCUUGCUCGCAGGUAGACAACUAGAAGUCUUGAGUAACGGGAGGUAUCCCGCGGGUGGGCAUAGAGUCGUGUCGUACGGGGAUGCGAAGGGCGGCAAAGACGGAGAGAAGAGGUACAGGUUCAGUAUUGUGUUUGUGCUGCGCGCUUAUGGCCCAGUGGUUAUUAACUCGGAUGAUCUGGAAACAGUUGUCACUGGAAAAUGGCUGAAGCCAGUGCAUGGUCAGACGGCAGGAGAGAUGUACGCGAAUAUUCGGAGCUCGCAUUUCAAUGUCAACAUUGGCAUAGAAGAACGAGAGAAGCAGAAACAGACCGCGAUGAAGGCACAAGAGCAGGGUGGGAGUUCAUGAGGAUUGCGCGUGCGUUUGAUCUAUCGAGCAUAUGUUACUAAACCUAGUCAGUGGCGAUACAGGAGAAGUGCGAUCGUAUACCCAUCGUUGACGGGUCUAUGUAUGUAUUUU